CUUCAUUGUGGAUCAAUACAAGUGAGUAAGCAUAUCAUGCAUAGAAUUGCCCGAAGUUACAUAUCGAUACAUUUAUGCAUUGUUCAUUUGGUAAUACAGAUAUCUGUGAAAUAAAUUCAAAGAGCCCUGAAUUAAAAUUGGCUUUUGUAUGUAGAUCCCAUUCGCAAACAUGGAAGGGUAAUAAGCUAUUUAGGUAUUUUUCCUCAACAUACUUUUCACAACCCUCGCCAGACUUCUGGGUAAAAUCUUUACGAAGACGAGGAAUUUAAAGAUAGGGAUUGAUUAACUGUUACGAAGAACAGAGGAAUUCAUUCAAUUUUAAGUAAAUAAGCAUGGUGCCCAGGAUAUGGUGGAGCUGGUUUAUACUGUUAAGCUGUUACUUUGAGUGAGUGAGAAAUUUAUUGAUGCAGGAGUGAAUGAGCAUGCCCAUCCUCAUAUACAGAUCCCACACACUUUUACGAAUUCGAGGUAGAAAAAUAAUUUGUGCAGCAGGGGUUUCAAAGCCAUUGGUCUUCAAGCGCCCGACUCAGGCUCUUCUUGUACAGGCGUGGAUCUUCAUUAGCCAUUUAACCUGAAACCUAAAGUAUGAGUACCAGUGGAAGACAUGGCGGAAGACGGUCAUCUGGGAAACAGUUUUCAGAGGGAGAAAUCUCGUCAGAAGAAGACAGAAAGCAAAAGAUUAGCGGGGAUGAGAAGCAUGUAACGGAUAGGAGAAAUACGCCUAUUGACGGAGAUAAUGCUAACGUUAGGGUUUAUCACGAGGAACAUAGCAAUGAGAGGGAUCACGGCAAAAGGCAUCGAACAGACAGUGUCAAAUCCCACGCUGACAGGAGAGACAGAGGCAAAGACAGAACCCGCGAGCAUGAGGGGAAUCAUGGUCGUAGGAGAAGUUUGUCAGGAAACAAGAGGGACAGAAAAGCUGUGGAAGUGAAUAUUUCUGGUUUUGUCUCAGCUUCAGCUCAGAAUGAGAAUGGUGAAGGUGUUGUUAGAGGGACUGAGAAGGGUGUUGGAAGAAGUGGGGGCGCUUACAUUCCCCCAUUCAAACUGGCCCAAAUGAUGAAAGAUGUACAAGACAAGAGCAGUGUGGAAUACCAGCGCAUGACUUGGGAUGCCCUUCGAAAGAGUAUCAAUGGUUUAGUAAACAAGGUGAAUGCAUCCAACAUCAAGAACAUCAUUCCAGAGCUGUUCGCAGAGAAUCUCAUCCGUGGAAGGGGUCUAUUUUGUAGGUCUCUUAUGAAAUCCCAAAUGGCAUCCCCUGGAUUUACGGAUGUUUUUGCAGCCUUGAUUGCUGUGGUAAAUACGAAGUUUCCUGAAGUUGACAAUUUGCUUUUGCGAAGAAUUAUUUUGCAGCUCAAAAGGGCAUAUAAACGCAAUGCUAAGCACACGUUGAUUGUAGCAGCAAAAUUCAUAGCUCAUUUAGUGAAUCAACAAGUUGCACAUGAGAUCAUUGCCUUGGAACUUCUCACCCUUUUACUAGAGAAUCCUACAGAUGAUAGUGUAGAGGUUGCUGUUGGGUUUGUGAAAGAGUGUGGGUCUUUGCUGCAAGACCUUUCGCCGAAAGGUCUUUAUGGGAUCUUUGAACGAUUUAGAGGUAUUCUCCAUGAGGGGGAAAUUGACAAGCGAGUACAGUUUCUGAUUGAAGGUCUUUUUGCAAUUCGCAAAGCUAAGUUUGAGGGUCACCCGGCUGUGCGUGCAGAAUUGGACCUUGUAGAGCAAGAAGAUCAGUUAACGCAUGAAGUUUUUCUAGAAGACGAACUUGAUCAAGAAGCUGGUUUGGAUGUUUUCAAGCCAGAUCCUGAGUUCUUAGAACAUGAGACAGCCUAUGAAAAACUAAAGAAAGAUAUCCUCGGAGAUGCUUCUUUGGAUGAACCAGAAGGGGAGAAUGAUUCAGGUGAUCAGUCAGAUGAUGAUGAUGAUGAUGAUGAAGAGGAAGUGGAGGAAGCACUAAGAAUACAGGAUGAGACAGAGACGAACUUGGUCAAUUUAAGGCGCACAAUUUACUUGACAAUCAUGUCGAGUUUUGAUUUUGAGGAAGCUGGUCAUAAGCUACUAAAGAUCAAGCUUGAACCUGGUCAAGAGAUGGAGUUGUGUAUCAUGCUAUUAGAGUGCUGCAGUCAAGAGAGAACAUACCUUCGUUAUUAUGGUCUUCUUGGUCAAAGAUUCUGUAUGAUAAACAAAAUUUAUCAGGAAUUUUUUGAUAAGUGUUUUGUACAACAGUAUUCUAUGAUCCACAGGCUGGAAACGAAUAAACUACGUAAUGUUGCAAAGUUUUUUGCCCACUUGCUUGGCACGGAUGCUCUUCCAUGGCAUUGUCUUGCAUAUAUACGUCUGACAGAGGAGGAUACUACUUCAUCUUCCCGUAUCUUAAUAAAGAUUCUCUUCCAGGAGUUGGCAGAGCAGCUUGGUAUAGUGUUGCUUAAUGAGAGGUUAAAUGAUCCGACAAUGCAAGAGUCCUAUGAUUCAAUUUUCCCUAAGGACAAUCCCAAAAAUUCACGGUUUGCUAUCAAUUUCUUCACUUCCAUCGGUCUUGGUGGUAUCACUGAGAGUUUACGGGAGCAUUUGAAGAAUAUGCCAAGGCUUAUAAUGCAGCAGCAAAAGUCUAUCCCCGAGUCAGAUGAAUCGAUCUCUAAUGACGAUUCUUCUAGUUCAUCAGGCUCGCUGGAUUCCGAUACAUCAGAGUCAGAUUCUGAGAGUGAAACAGACAGUGAGAGGAGGAAGGAGCAAACAAGAAAGAAAAACAUUUCAAAGCAUAAUACUGAGUAUGAGAAAACAAGAAUAAAGAAAAGGGCUAGGACAUCUGAUUCAGAGAAUGAAAAUGAGAGUAACAGCGACAGUGACAUAAACAAAAGGAAAACUAAAAGGAAAUAAAAAUAUAUUUUUUCAGUUAUUCAAAGGCCCUGGCAGACACUUUUCUCCUGGACUGUAACAAACAAAAGGAUCACUUCAAAUGCUUUGGUUUUAUAUGACAGAUGAUUAUUAGAAACUGUAAUGCUGUCUUUAUGUACUUUAAUAGCCAUGGCUUUCAGAAUUAUGUCUCUGAUAGGUAAUGGAUAAACGGCAUUAGGAGGGAGAAAAGAUCAAAAAGCCAAGUGGAGAUUGUAAUAAUACUAGACCAAUGAAUCCUGUUCUUUAUUGAAAAUUUCUUAUUUUCCAUGUCAUCUGAUGUACCAUAAUCAAACUGGAAAUGUAAAUUCAAUAAGAUGUUUUGUGCUAUGAUAUUACAAUGAAAAUGUCUUUUUAUACUUGUA